CUCAGGCCACUUGCAAGCGGAGCUCGGUGCACCCUUCUCCCUCGGGCGCUCUGUGAAGACACCCUGUCCGACCCAGGCACCAUGGGUCGCGCUUGCCUUCUCGGGCCAUUGCUCCUGCCGCCGCUGCUGCUGCUCGGGAUUGCACUAAGUGACGCGGCUCAAAUACAGUCAGUCAACAACGCCGAGAUUUGUCUCCUGCCUCAAGACAUAGGACCCUGCCGGGCGCUGAUACCCAGCUACUACUAUGACAGGUACACUCAGAGGUGCCACUUGUUCAUGUACGGGGGCUGCGAAGGCAACGCCAACAAUUUCGAAACUUUUGAAGAAUGCAAUGAAGCUUGCUGGAAAAUAGAGAUAGUUCCCAAAAUUUGCCGACUGGAAGUCAAUGAGGAGAGGUGUGGAGAGUCCACGAAUGAAUACUUUUUCAAUCUCAGUAGCAUGACAUGUGAAAAAUACAGAUCUGCUGGAUGUGAGAGUAAUGCAAACCAGUUCCCAGAUGAAGCUACCUGUUUGGGCUUCUGUUUACCAAAGAGAGGUCCAUCAUUUUGUUACAGUCCAAAAGAUGAGGGAUUAUGCUCUGCUAAUGUGACUCGUUAUUAUUUUAAUGCAAGAAAUAAAGAGUGUGAAACCUUCAACUAUACCGGCUGCGGUGGAAAUGACAAUAAUUUUGUUACUGUGAUGAACUGCCAGAAAGCCUGUGCAAAUGCCAUGAAGAAGUACAAGAUAAAGAAGCUCCAACGAAGGCAUCCAAGUAGACGUAGAAGCCUGAAAAUUAGAAAGAAGGAAAAGUCAUUUUAAUCAAUUUUUCUAUGCUAUGUCACCUCGUGAAUACUACUGCCUUUAUUUAGAGAUGAAGAAUAAUUGGUGGCAUGAAUCAUUGACUUGUUUACCAGUUUUAUUGCUAUAAGUUACUUUUUUAAGAAUGUGUAUAGUAUGUAUAUGUAUAAACAAACAUAUAUGUAAAGCUACUCAAAUGUGAGUCUAUUAUUUUCAGUUUGCUACCCAACUAUCUUUUUAUGAGGUUGAAUUCUGGCUAUGUACAUAUAUAAAGGCAAUUAUGACUUUCCCAGUUCUUGAUUUUUUCCCUUCUUGAUUUCAAAAGCUGAUAGUAACUGAAAAGCAUAAAAUGAGAGAAUUCAUAGUGCUUUUACCAAAUUUGAUCAUUUCAAGGACCAGAAAAUAUAUUGAGUUUUGCAUUUAAAAGUUGGAUUACAUU